AUGAAUAAGGAAGAAAAUUCCUCUGAAACACGACCAUCUUCUCAAGAACUCCAUAGUCCGCAGCGGCAUUGCUACACUCCUCCGCCGGCGCCGAUGCACGGGCAGGCGCCUCCACCGACAUCGGCGGGCGUAGCACCGCCCUCACAGCCACCGCCCCCUCAUCCCGCCGCCUCGAACGUGCCCACUGGUCGACUGCUGAGCUGGAACCACAGUGCCGCUGCAGCGGCUGCGGCGGCGGCAGCCCAAGCGGCAGCCAACUCCAUGAACCACUCGUCGGCGGCAGAGGGUUCGUCGAUGACCCGGAUUAAGGGUCAGAACCUGGGUCUCAUCUGCGUGGUGUGCGGCGACACCAGCUCGGGAAAGCACUACGGAAUCCUGGCCUGCAAUGGCUGCUCCGGAUUCUUCAAGCGCAGUGUGCGGCGGAAACUCAUUUAUCGCUGCCAGGCGGGAACGGGACGCUGUGUAGUGGAUAAAGCCCAUCGGAAUCAAUGCCAGGCCUGCAGGCUCAAGAAGUGCCUUCAAAUGGGAAUGAACAAGGACGCCGUGCAAAAUGAGCGACAGCCCCGCAACACGGCCACUAUACGGCCGGAGACUCUGCGGGAGAUGGAGCACGGACGGGCGCUGCGAGAGGCCGCUGUGGCCGUCGGGGUUUUCGGACCACCCGUGCUACUGUCUCCGCCCUGCUACGGCUCCGGACUCCUGCCGCCGCCCUCGCUGGGCAGUUUGCCGACGGGACGACUGCUGCACCACAACCACCUCACCUCCUCAAUGCAAUUGGCUGCGAACCACAUGGGCGCCGGCAGCUUUCCCAUGUUCAACGCCGCCGGCGUGCACCACUCGCCCAAGGAGAAGGCCUACGGCAUGGAGAUGGCCACCAGUGGCAAUGUCUCCCACUCGACCAACUCGAGCAGCAACCACUCCAUCGACCCGAGCUCACCGGCGCCGGAAAACGCCAAGGAGAAAAACAACGCCGGCGGCAGUGUCUCCUCCGUCAGCUCCUCCAGUCCCACCAUGGAAAAUGACAAUGAUGACGACUCCAUAGAUGUAACCAAUGACAACGAGGAGCCUCAUGCAGUCAGCAGAUCGGAUUCCAGUUUCAUCAUGCCGCAGUUCAUGUCGCCCAAUCUGUACACCCAUCAACAUGAAACAGUUUACGAGACGAGUGCCCGACUGCUAUUCAUGGCCGUCAAGUGGGCCAAGAACCUGCCCAGCUUUGCGAGGCUUUCCUUUCGGGAUCAGGUAAUUUUGCUGGAGGAGUCCUGGUCGGAGCUGUUCCUGCUUAACGCCAUCCAAUGGUGCAUUCCCCUGGAUCCCACCGGUUGCGCCCUCUUCUCGGUGGCGGAGCACUGCAAUAAUCUGGAGAACAACGCCAAUGGCGACACUUGCAUAACCAAGGAGGAGUUGGCGGCGGAUGUGCGAACGCUCCACGAGAUCUUCUGCAAAUACAAGGCGGUGCUGGUGGACCCCGCUGAAUUCGCGUGCCUCAAGGCGAUAGUUCUCUUCCGGCCGGAAACGCGCGGACUUAAAGAUCCGGCGCAGAUAGAGAAUCUUCAGGAUCAGGCGCACGUGAUGCUGUCGCAGCACACAAAGACGCAGUUCACCGCCCAGAUAGCCAGGUUCGGACGACUCCUUCUCAUGCUGCCGUUGCUGCGCAUGAUCAGCUCCCACAAGAUUGAGUCCAUCUAUUUUCAGCGCACCAUUGGGAACACGCCCAUGGAAAAGGUGCUCUGCGACAUGUAUAAGAACUAGUUAAC